AUUGGAGGGCCGCGCUGUCCGUCCGGCCCCGCCGCCGCCCAGCGAACCUCCAACGCCGCUUAGGACUCCGGCCGCGAAAGAGGCUAGGCGCUGAGGGCUGGCGGGCUUCUCCCGGGCGCACAGCAGGCUCGGCAGGCGCCAGGUUGUGGGCUCACUGCCUGCAGCCAUGACCGUCCUGGUCUGCCCUCUGGCCUCUGUCCGGGGCGUCUAAUUUCCCACACAGUCGCACUCCGCUGGUGGAGAGGCGGCCACUGCUCUCUCGUCGCCCUUGGCGCCUUAUCACACUCCCUUUCCUGGAGCUGGGAGCAGCGUGGGCAGCCGGCGCCCCCGUGCAAACUGGGGUGUCUGCUGGAGGAGCCCCCGCCGCCGCCGCCCCCGCUGCCCCAGACCCUGGCCAUGGCCUGGCCGGGCGCGGGGCCGGCCGCCCCCCGGGCGCCCGCAGGAAGUGUCGGGCUCAGUCUGGGGCUGCUGUUGCCGUUCCUGCUGCUUCUGGGUCCAGCGCAGGGCUUCGGGGACGAAGAGGAGCGGCGCUGCGACCCCAUCCGCAUCUCCAUGUGCCAGAACCUCGGCUACAACGUGACCAAGAUGCCCAACCUGGUGGGGCACGAGCUUCAGGCGGACGCUGAGUUGCAACUGACAACUUUCACGCCCCUCAUCCAGUACGGCUGCUCCAGCCAGUUGCAGUUCUUCCUUUGUUCGGUUUAUGUGCCAAUGUGCACAGAGAAGAUCAACAUCCCCAUCGGCCCAUGUGGUGGCAUGUGUCUUUCAGUCAAAAGACGCUGUGAGCCUGUCCUGAAGGAAUUUGGAUUUGCCUGGCCAGAGAGCCUGAACUGCAGCAAAUUUCCACCCCAGAAUGACCACAACCACAUGUGCAUGGAAGGGCCAGGUGAUGAAGAGGUGCCUUUACCUCACAAAACCCCCAGCCAGCCUGGGGAAGAGUGUCACUCCGUGGGAACCAAUUCUGAUCAGUACAUCUGGGUAAAAAGGAGCCUGAACUGUGUUCUCAAGUGUGGCUACGAUGCUGGUUUGUAUAGCCGCUCGGCCAAGGAGUUCACUGACGUGUGGAUGGCAGUCUGGGCCAGCCUGUGCUUCAUCUCCACCACCUUCACUGUGCUGACCUUCCUGAUUGAUUCUUCCAGGUUUUCUUACCCCGAGCGCCCCAUCAUAUUUCUGAGUAUGUGCUAUAAUAUUUAUAGCAUUGCUUAUAUUGUCAGGCUGACUGUAGGCCGGGAAAGGAUAUCCUGCGAUUUUGAAGAGGCUGCAGAACCUGUUCUUAUCCAAGAAGGACUUAAGAACACAGGAUGUGCAAUAAUUUUCUUGCUGAUGUACUUUUUUGGAAUGGCCAGCUCCAUUUGGUGGGUUAUUUUGACACUUACUUGGUUUUUGGCAGCUGGACUCAAAUGGGGUCACGAAGCCAUUGAAAUGCACAGCUCUUAUUUCCACAUUGCAGCCUGGGCCAUCCCUGCAGUGAAAACCAUUGUCAUCUUGAUUAUGAGACUGGUGGAUGCAGAUGAACUAACUGGUUUGUGCUAUGUUGGGAACCAAAACCUCGAUGCCCUCACUGGCUUUGUGGUGGCUCCCCUCUUCACUUACUUGGUGAUUGGAACUUUAUUCAUUGCUGCAGGUUUGGUGGCCUUAUUCAAAAUUCGAUCAAAUCUUCAAAAGGAUGGGACAAAAACAGACAAGUUGGAAAGGCUGAUGGUCAAGAUUGGCGUCUUCUCAGUACUGUACACAGUUCCUGCAACUUGUGUAAUUGCCUGUUACUUCUAUGAAAUCUCCAACUGGGCGCUCUUUCGGUAUUCUGCAGAUGACUCAAAUAUGGCAGUUGAAAUGUUGAAAAUUUUUAUGUCUUUGCUGGUGGGUAUCACUUCAGGAAUGUGGAUUUGGUCUGCCAAAACUCUUCACACAUGGCAGAAGUGUUCCAACAGAUUGGUGAAUUCGGGGAAGGUAAAGAGAGAAAAGAGAGGGAAUGGUUGGGUAAAGCCUGGGACAGGCAAUGAAACUGUAGUAUAAGUCUAGCUGUGAUCUGUGCUUUCCUCAUCUUGAAGAGGGGAAUGCCAGCAUUUCUAUGGAAGUGCUACUAGAAGUUUGAUGCAGUGAAUCUCAGUUUGAACAAACUAGCAACACUCAAAAGCAACCCCCAUCAAUCUACCACCCAUCACCCCUACCCAACAUCAUAAAAAACAGUGAUUUUGCUGCAGACUUUGGAAUGAUCCAAAAUGGAAAAGCCAGUUAGAGGCUUUCAAAGCUGUGAAAAAUCAAAAUGAUCACUUUAGCAGGUCGCAGCUUAGAGCAUGGAGGUCCUGCCUAGAUUCCAGAAGUCCAGGGUGAUGCUGUUUUUCCUUACAGGGUGGGAUUUGAGCUGUGAGUUGGUAACUUGCAGAAAGAAAGAUUAAUUUUUUUAACCCUUUAAAAUUUUAAAUACUAACUAGAUCUUUCAGAUAGCAAAGUGAUCUAUAAACACUGGAAACGUGGCGUUCAGAGAAGUGUUACAAGAGUUUUAUAGUUUGGCUGAUCUAACAUAAACAUCUUUUGUGGUGCACUGUCUUCUGUUUAAAAUUUUGUGGACUGCACUCCCAAGAGGUGGUGUCAAAAUAUUUCAGUGCCUUUGUCAUAAAACAGAAUUGUUUGAACAAACAAAGUACUGUUCUGACAAAUACAAGGUAUCCAGUGGAUUUUUUUCUUCUCUCUCCUCCUCUCUUGAAUUUCAACAUCUCUGUUCUAGGCUGCUGCUGUUUUCAUUUUACACUAAUGACUCAAAAAAGGUAUUUUUAUAGGAAUUUCUGCAAUGCAGCAUGCCUAAUGAGGGGGAAAAGAAGGGUGAUUCACUUUCUGACAAUCACUUAAUUCAGAGGAAAAUGAGAUUUACAAAGUUGACUUACCUUACCAACCCCAGAGACCUAUUGCAUUGAGCAAUGGGGACUUAAUAUAUUUUACUUUGUGUGAUUGCAUCUAUGCAGACGCCAGUCUGGAAGAGCUGAAAUGUUAAAUUUCUUGGCAACUUUGCAUUCACACAGAUUAACUGUGUAAUUUGUGUGUGUCAAUUACAAUUAAAAGCACAUUCUUGGACCAUGACAUAAUAUACUCAACUGACUUUAAAACUAUGGUCAUCUUGGAUUCUUAGACUGAUAGUGCCUUUUUCCCCCUUAGCAUAAGAAUGUUAUCAGAGUCUGGUCUACUUACCACACUGGAGACUUACUCAUUUUUGUAAAAAGAACUAAGGACAGCUAAGCCAACUACUAGGUGCAUAAUUGUUCCCUAGUAAUUGGCAAAGGCUCCUUAUAAGAUUUCAUUGGAGGCAGUGUGGCCUGGAGUAUUUAUAUGGUGCUUAAUGAAUCCCCAGAAUGGCAGCCAGGAGCUGGAUUGGUUAGCAGGGAAUAAAGUGUAGACCAUAUGAAAUGAACUGCAAAAUGUAACAGCACAGGUCUUAAUUGCGUUAUGUGGAAGUAUCCAAAGCCUUUAAAAUUUAUGCUUUAAUUUCUCUGCAAGGGGGUACCCCCUAGCAGCCUAUCAAAAGAUGCAGUUCUUUUAAACUUGUAGCUGGCCUUUUUCUUAAUCUGCCUUAGGCAUUCUAAUCACCAGAUCUCUGGGACAAUUUGUUGUCAAUGUCACAGGUUGCUCUCCUUGUAACUCAUACCUGUCUUUGCUUCAGCAACUGCUUCAAAGUGACUCAUUAUUUAUUAAUUCAUGCCUUUUUAAAAAUAGGUAGGAAAACUUUUUUUUCUUUUUGUGGAGAACCCUUUCCAGAGUCUCAAAAUUCCAAAUAGGUGAUCCCAUUGUGGAAAUAAGCAUGUCUUUUUAUUUUGGUUUAAGCUUUAUGCCCAUAGUUUGACAUUUUCCAUCCUUCUUUCCUCUUGUUUUUACAUGUUUUUGAGCUGUCCACAAUCAAGAUACAUAUAAGGUCCAUUGCAUGGUUUGUAAGGGAGGGUCCUGGGGCUUUUGAAAUAGAAGCUGAGCCUGGGUGGCCCCUGCUCCUUUGUGCAGUUGACUCUGGGUUAGGGGUCCAGGAACACGAGAACUGAUCACUGGAAGGACCAGUUUAACUCUAUUUGAGGCUGCGUUGCCCACAAAAUUUAAAAUGUGAACUCCUCAUGCUGCUUGCAAAUGGUUCCCAUAGCUGUUCAGGGCCCUGGAGCAUGCACCCAGGGCCAGAGUCUGCCCUUACUCACGCUCCGCCCUGGUGUCUUGGGAGUUGUGUGUAGAGUUUGGCCCAGGAAAGGGAAGGAGGAUCAUGCAGUGACUGAGUGCCCUUGCUGUUAGAGUAUAGGGGUUUGUAAUGCAAUUCCUUGUAAUGUUCCAGUGAUUGUAUGACCAAGGCAGUGCCUAGCAGAGGGCUGGGCAUGGAGUAGGCAUUGAUUAAAUAAUAUAACAACAGAAGAAUAAUUUGUUGAAUCUGGACACCUAAGUUCUUGGAGCGAGUGCCAUGACAAUUUUGGGGGUUUCACUUCUGAUCCACAGAUCUAUUGCCUUUUCUGGGAAAGGUACAUUUGAUUAGAAGUGGAUGUUGGUACAGACUGGAUUAGUAGCCUUAGCAAUGCCACAGUGUUAUCGGCCUUUCUUUCACAUUCCAGCCAAUGGAGAGUGUUUACAGUUUCAAGAAAGGAACUUUGUGGCUGAGGAGUUAGUUUCCAGUGUCCUUCAAGCAACUCUGUUCUGUUAAAUUGAUAUUUAGUUUUGAAAACCAAAAGUCAAUUAUCAUUUCAUGUACUGACUGCCCACUGUGUGUAAAACCCUGUGUUAGGUGCCUUAGGGAUGCCACGGAAGGUAAGCUCUGGUCUAAUGGAUGUAGGACAGAGAUGCCCCUGGGUAUGCUUAGCUUCUGGUUUCCUGAAGGUGUAGAGACCUCUGGAAUUCAAAUCAGUCUCACUGUAUCUUUUCCACAGACCUCUUUCUGGGUCUCUGUACCUUUAACAGAUCUUUCAUCCUUUCCCAGGAUUCCUUCUAAAUCAGUUACAGGGGUUGUGACAGAAAAGCUCUGCUUCAUGACAAUCUCUGUGGAAGUCCCUAGGAAGACUGAGAACAGGAUACAUGGAAACAAGUUCCUACACCUACUAUAGCUUUGUGGAUAGGCAGGUUGUGUUUCAGUUAUUCCUUGUGACUUGUACAGGCAUAUUUGAAGACAGUGUCUAACUUGGAAAAAGUUAGGUUGGUUUUUCUUUUUCCUCUAAAAUCUAGAAUAAAGAGGUCUGGUUGUAGCUUUUACAAAACUCUCUUGCCUCCAGAGAUUUUAUUAAACUGGACCAAGGGCACCUCAGUCCAACCUCCUCUCUGGCAGACUUUUUUCCUGCUUCAUAAAGUUCAAACCUCAAAACAGAAGAACAUGAGGUGGAAUUGGCCAGAACUAUCUGGUUACGCUAUUUGAUUCAUAUCCGUCUUCCUUUAUGGAGCCCCAUUUCCUGAUUGUUGAUUCUACUUCCAGGCUGGCAGCUUGCUCAGGACCCUGAAACUGGAGAAAGGGUGAUACUUUUCAUUUCUCUGAGAUGCUUGUUGAUUUUUAUUUCUUUCUUUCUUGUGUCACUCCCUUACCUGCAUUCCCCAGAAACAGAAUCUGGAAAACCUCUGUAUUAGAUUCUGCAUUGUGAUUCUAUUGAGCACUCCCAGCUCUGAACUCCCUGGCUCCUUUGGCUUCCUGGUCAUGGAAUUAAGUUGUUUCUUUUUAUGUUGAGAACCAAGCUGGUACCUGGGGACUCGAGGAGGAACUCAGCAUCUGCAGCCCAAGGGGGACAGGCUCAUUUAAAGGGAUUUCACCAGGAUGGUGUGAUCUUGGCUUCUGAUCAGGUAACUACAGCAGCAGUUACAAAAGGGAACUGGAGAGCACAGACUUUGGAAGGAACCUCUUAAAAUCAGACUACAUCUUGAAUUUCAUUCUUGUGAUACAGGGAACUGGAAAGAGUUACUCUUCUAGCCAGUCAAGUCCCGGGACUCUGAUAAUUUUCUUUGUUCCUUUAUUGCGUUUGAGUUCAGAGUCCAUGUCUGGGUUUGCAUUGUGUCCGGCAAAGGAUCUGGGUUAUCAUUUUUCUUCUGUGGCUAGGUCAUAGAUCUUGGAAACUCCUGAGACAGUAUUGUUCUCCGACCAAGGAUCAGAUACUAGAACCUUAAAUAAUGGAUUUUGUUUCACUGUAGCCUGGAUAAAGCUCUCUGCUGCUGCCUAUUGCCAUGCAAAUGUGGAAUAAUGGCACGCUUGACAGUACUGGGAUGGAAGUGAACCAUGGAUCCCACUGACAUGCCUCUUCCCCUGGUAAGCCUAGUUGGCCCCAUAGUGGCUUGUUUGUUUCUUAUUUACCUUAUUUCACCUCUUUGUAUCAGAUUCCUAAUAUUCACCCAAGCAGUUUGUAGAGGACCUUUUUGGGAUCCCAUAUGAGCCAUGUCCUCAAAACCUUUGUACCUCUUUUUGUUUCCUGCAAUAUUCAGUACAUGACCACUGUCAUUCCAGAAAGCUUCUGAAAGGAGGGUUGAGAGCAGUUCUACCCCACAAAGUUUGGGUCUAUCUUCCCUCUCAGGUUGUUAAAAAUUCCCAGUCCUGUUCAUGGGCCCUGACUUCAUUGUGGGUUUUAGGAGGAGCGGGCUGCUUUCUCCAUCUCUCCCAGUGGGGCAUACAGAUGGUUCUGAGUUUUUCUACCUCACAGGGAUGUUGUGAGGCUUUAGAAAGUCUAAAGAUGAAGGCCUCUUGAGCUCUUCAUAAGAAAAGUGGACUCAGGUGCAGUCUUCAAAAAGGUCAAAUAAGACUCAGCCUGCAUUCUGUGGUGGUCAAGCUAGUUGCUCCCUGGCCUUUUCUUGGUUCCUCGCACCACCCCAUAGCUCCAGAAACCUGGAGGCCAACCUGGGGGACUUUCUGAUGUUCAAUAUAGAGGUACCAGGCAAAUUCCUGUACACAUGCCCUGAAUGAAUUGCUGAAUUUCAAAGGGAAAAGACCCUGCUUUUAAGGAUGUACAAAAGUAUGUCUGCAUUGAUGUCUGUACUGUAAAUUUCUAAUUUAUCACUGUACAAAAAAAACCCCUUACUAUUUAAUUUUUGUAUUAAAGGAAAAUAAAGUUUUGUUUAUUAACUGA